AUGAUCCAUGGUGACACCAUGGAAAUGCGACGACAAGCUGUUUUAAAAAACCAUAAUCGAUAUCGGCGAGAUCUGGCUCACGGCAUAGUACAAAACAAAAAUGGUGAUACGUUACCGCCGGCUAAGAACAUGUACGAGUUUGUAAGUAAAGGUAUUAUCAAUUUAGUGCUAUUUUCCACACCUUAUUCCACACUCUACCCUACCUUGCUCUACGGUGCCCUGCCUUGUACUAUCAUGCCCUGCUCCACCCCACCCUAAGCUGCUCGUCUCUGACCUACUCUAUCCCAACCAACUCGACUCUAACCUACCCUACCAUCCCCUAGCUUUACCUUUUACUCAAAAAAAUAUUUUUUUUUCAGAAGUACAACCUUGGACUAGAAAAAAUCGCUAGCCGAUGGGUAUCAAAUUGUAAAUUUGAGCAUUCACCCCCAGAAAAACGACAAUAUACCGGCGAGGCCAUGUAUACCUGGACACAACAUAUCGAUCCAUGUAAGUUUUUUACGCCAUUCUUUUUGCAUCAAACCCAAAAAUCAAAAAAAAAUUUAAAAUGUCAUCCUUUUUAAACACCCACCCCCCCCCUAAAUCUAAGAAAAUUUUUGCCUUUAACUAAAAAAGUUUCAAAAUAAAAAAAACGCCAUUCUUUUCGCAUCCACCCUCAAUUUAUCCUUUAUUUUUUUAGCAAUUCUGGUCGAUAAUGCGACCGAGUUUUGGUGGAAAGAGCUGCCACAUUUCGGUGUGGACCCAACGUUACAAUUUACACCAAAAGAUUUUGGCCGAGGCGUGGGGCAUUUCACCCAAAUGGCCUGGGGCGACACAACCUCGGUGGGUUGUGCCGUCAAGUUUUGUCCCAAAUUUGCGUUUUUGGUCUGCAAUUAUUCACCGGCGUAGGUUUUUUGACUUUAUGUUAUAGCUUAUAAGACUAUAAGUAGAGAUUUUUAGGCCUAGAGGGUCUGUUAGGGCAGUGAGUGGGAUUAUUUAUCUUAAGAUAGGAGAGGAGUAGCGAUAGGGAUAUAAAUAUAAUAUGUUAAGAGCCACGCCUUACAGCAGGGUACAAGGUACAGUAGGGGCAGGUAAAGGGCAGGGUAAAGGCGGGCUGGGCAGUUAAAAGUAAGGUAGGGGUAGAGGUGUGAAUAGAGGCAAGGCUAGGGGAGAGGUAGGGGUAAAGCCAGACAGGGAAGUUAAAAAAAAAGUUAAGGGGUGAAAGUAGGGAUAAGGUAGGGGGUAGGGAGUCAGGGGGGUAGGGAGUCAGGGGGUAGGGAGUUAGGGGGUAGGGAGUCAGGGGGUAGGGGGUAAGUAGGGGUAGAAUAGCCACAUGCUCAUAUGACAUUCCUAUUUUCAGGGGUAACAUAUUCCACAAGCCAAUAUACCAAAAGGGAGAGCCAUGUAAAGCCAACUCCGACUGUGAUCGUUACCCCAACAGUAAAUGCAACACAAAACGAGGGCUUUGUGUUCGAGGGAGGGUGAAGAAAACGUAA